GCGUACCAUCAAUGCCUCCAUUGUAAACAAAAAAAAACGUAGGUGAUUACUACGACAUCUUUUGAUUUAGAAAUAAACUCAUAUAUGAUAUGAUCUGAUUAGAGGCUCACAUUCCGUCGAGUUCACUUUCAAUAUAUUCUCAAAGUUUCAAGUCAAAUAUACCAAAUCAUCGUUACAACGUCUGAAGUUCCCAGAUUCCCAGAUUCCCCGGUUCCUAGGUUCCAAGUCACUCACUCCAUCAUGUCCAACUCUCUUCGGAGGUCUCCUCUUGAUGAAGGGUAUAGCGAACAUCCUUUGACUGUUGUUAAUCAACCAAAAUUCGAGGAGUUGCCUUCAUGGCUUGCGGAGAUGUCUACUGAAGAUCGCGCAGAAUGCAUUUUAGAUAUCAUGAGCAAAUUGCCCACGUCAGAAGUAUGGGAUAUAGUUGGACGACUUAAACCACGGCUCAAAAUGGAUUUCUCCCUCCACUUACCCUCAGAGAUAUGUUUGAGAAUUCUCGGCUUCCUUGAUCCAGUAUCACUAAUCCGAACCGCCCGCGCCUCGCGACAUUGGCAAAUGCUAUGCUUCGACCGAAAGUUAUGGGAGCAAUUGUAUAUACGAGAUGGUUUUAGAGUUAUUCAUUCGGAAGUUACCAAGUUCGAGUUCCCCAGUGGACAAUCACGAUGGUGGAAUCCAAGAACUAGCUUCGAGCUCAAUCCUUCAGUUGAGCGCAGAACGAGAGGCAACAUACAACAGAUAUUGCCAAACCCGGAUGGCGAUGAUGAUAAUCGAGGAUCGAAUAUGAUGAAACAGACGUCAAUAUUUGGUCCGGCAAGCACAAGGGAUAUGAGGCAGAGUCCCUUUGCUGAAGACUCGAUCAUGAUGGAUGCACCAAUAUUAUCGGCUGAUAGUGAUAAGGACCGGACAUCAUAUUUUGGCACAGAUGGGGGUGUCGCUCAAUGGAAAGGAAAGGGAAUUUCCCUUCCUAGACAAGGACAUGAAUUAGCGAUUGUGGAUCGAAGUAGCGGAGAAGAGAAACUCAAUUGGCAUUAUCUCUAUACACAGAGAAGACGCCUAGAAGCGAACUGGGAAGCUGGCAAAUUUACCAACUUUCAAUUACCACACCCUCACUAUCCCGAGGAAGGCCACACAGAAUGUAUCUACACCAUUCAGCACACUCAAAAUUAUCUAGUCAGUGGUAGUCGUGAUAAAACUAUACGGAUCUGGAACUUAGACACAAGACGUCUUGCUCUUCCCCCAUUGGCAGAACAUGGGGGGUCUGUACUCUGUCUCCAGUUCGACCCGGAUCCCGAAGAGGAUAUAAUUGUUUCUGGUAGCAGUGAUGCUACUGUCAUUAUUUGGCGAUUUUCUACGGGUAAGGUAAUACAGAGAUUGACAUCGGCACAUAGAGAAUCGGUCCUGAACGUCAAAUUUGACAAAAAUGUGCUGGUCACCUGUUCGAAAGACAAAACCAUCAAAGUUUUUAAUCGACGAUCUAUCAGCGAGCAAAGUCUCAUGAAUGAUACAGCUUCGAUUCAAAUACAAAACCUUGGCUUUGAAAACAACCCUGUAGGAUGGAGAAUUAUACCACCAUACACAAAUAUUAGCAAGCUAAAGGGUCAUGGAGCGGCUGUUAAUGCCGUUCAAGUAUUGGGUGAUGAAGUCGUGUCUGCUUCAGGUGAUCGAACCGUAAAAAUCUGGAACUGGAGAAAGAACACUUGCACUCGAACUCUGAUUGGGCACAGCAAGGGAAUUGCAUGUGUUCAAUACGAUGGGCGUCGAAUAGUGAGCGGGAGCAGUGAUAAUGAGGUUAAAGUCUUCGACAGAGAAUCCGGUCUCGAAGUAGCCAGCCUCAGAGGUCAUACCAACCUAGUAAGAACUGUUCAAGCCGGAUUUGGCGAUUUGCCAUACAGUGCAGAAGAAGAAAGAGAGGAUGCAAAGAGAAUUGACAGGGAAUAUUUCAAGGCUGUGAAUGGUGGGGUCGUCGAUCAAACGUAUCAAUCAAGUCGUCUAAAGAAUGCUGGAUCCUCAAGACCAGAAGAUAUCACUGCUUUUGGUGCUAAGUUACCACCAGGCGGAGGAGGCUGUAAGUACAGCCGUAUCGUCUCUGGAUCUUAUGACGAGUCGAUUCAUAUAUGGCGGAGAGAUAAAGAAGGUGUCUGGAAGCCUCAACAUACCCUUCGACAAGAAGAAGGGUCCCGGGCUGCAAUUAGAAUGUGGGCCAGAACACCUAGAAAACCCAACACGAACCCAGCAUGGCUCAUGAGGGCCACUUCAACGGUGUCUGACUCAUCAAAUAAUGAGGUCCCGUUGCCUGAUAUGACAAACCUCUCUCCAGAAAUCCAGAUUGACAGCGCGAUUGCUUCUGGUGCAAACGGCCUACUCGAGACACUCAAUAAGUACCCAGAAUUAUUGAACAAUGAAUAUUUGAGACUGGCCAUCGCUCGUUCACCAGAACACACAAGAAACUUGAUGAGUCAAGUCCUCAUUGCAGCUUUGCAAGCAAAAGGUUACGAUACGCGUGGUUUGUACGCUUCAUUACAGAACGAUGCAUUCACGACUGCAGUACCAUCGGUACCAAAUCCUUCGGGAAUACCCAAUAUUGGAGUAACUCUAGGUAGUCCUGCUCAUCACCCAAUACAAAAUCCACAUCCACAGCAUGCUCGUGUAUUCAAACUUCAAUUUGAUGCUCGCAGAAUCAUUUGCUGUAGUCAAACACCCACGAUUGUUGGAUGGGAUUUUGCAAAUGGUGAUAAAGAUAUUAUUGAAGCAAGUCGAUUCUUUGCUCCUAUGGAGUAGUCCAAAGAAAACACUCUUAGGGUGCAAUUACAGCACUGCAAAUGAGGCGUAGAGGGAUUGGAAGCAUUCAUGUGGGGAAUGGACUGGAUCGGGGCGUUUCAUAGGAGGCGGUAGGUGAAUGGCUAUAAUGUAUGGAUGAUAAUCUUAACGAGGCAUUGAAUUUUAUGGGAUCGGCGUUGCAUUUAACGUUGGGCAUUGAAGUUUAUGUAUGCAUUGGGGAUGACGAGACUGCUCAUCAUGGGGCGAUAGAGUAGGGUGUCUUAAAUUGUCUGGACAUAAAUCAUGUUGUGUAUAUUAUCGAUAUUGGACAAUGGUACCUUGAUUUUGUAUACUGGGUAUCUGGUUGGAUGAGAAUGCAUAUUGAUUUCUUCUCUUUUUGACAUUUGAAUUUGUCUGGUUGAUGCAGUGCAGUGCAGUGCAGUGGAUACUUGGGAGAGGGUGUAUGAUGUUAUGAUAAGAUGUGAUAUCAUAUGGUCCAAGGUGAAUUAUUAUUAUAUCACGGAG